UUUUUCGGGCGUAGAAAGUCGUAGAAAGUCAUUCCCAAGCAUGUAAUAAUUCUGAAAGUUUACCCUGUAUAAACUAUGCAUUGCAUACAAACCCGCAAAAUGUACCAAAUAGACUUUGAUGUGCUACAAAACAGUGAAAUCGACGUUAAUUAUAUUUCGCAGAUGGAGCGUAACGGUCUAGAAGAAAGUGUUCUUGAAGCACCGUUUUCGGUUCUUUUAAACUCCACUACUGGCGAUCCCUUUUCGACAACUUCACCCGAAACACCGAUCACCGUCUAUGAUUACCUCGAUCUUAUUUUGUUCACCUUGCGAGGAUUUGUCGCAUUCGUCGGCUUUUUUGCCAAUUUACUCGUUAUUUUUUGUGUUGUUUACUUCCAAAAAUUACGACAAAUAAACAACUUUUUUGUCGCAAACUUAGCCAUCUUAGACGCCCUGAUUUUGUUUCUAGUGGGUGUAUUUUUCAUGCCAAAAUCACAACCCAAAAUCCUCAAAAUUGCCCACGAAAAUGAUAACUCCAGCUCGUCCGACAAGUUCUGUAUUCCGGGAAAAAUAGCCAACACGGUUACGUUUACAAGUUUAGUGGCUCUAAUUCUGAUUUCAGUUGACAGAUUUGUGUUUAUUAUUAUGCCGAUGCGGUAUCAAAAAAUCGAAAGAAACUGGAUUAAAAUAACCGCAAUUUCUAUGCUUGUUUCUCUGUUUUAUUUCGGAAUUCAGAGCACAUUUUUAAUGUGCGAAGGUGGAAUUAAAGAGACGGUUUAUAACAUAAUGAACUUGAUCGCGUCUGUAGUUUGGUUCGUUACGAGUGCAAUUUUGUACUCUUUGAUUUUCAAAACGGCAUUUCAACAAAACAGAGCCGUCCAGCACAGUAUCAAAUUGGCACAGCGUGCCAGUUUAAACGGCCACAAUUCUAUCGGCUUACAGAACAGCAGCAGUAAUUCGACUAAUGAACAGCGACCUGUUUUGAACAACACCCAAAAACGAAUUGUUAUCGGCUACUCACUAAUAGUCGGGUUCGCACUUAUAACAUUCCUGGUUAUGGACGCGCUAGAGAUAACGUAUAUCAUAAACCCAAAUAUUGGACUGUCGGACCAGAAGAAUCUGCUAAUCCAACUAGCGAAAUUACAGAUGACCUUGAACUCGGCCGUGAACCCGUUCAUUUACGCGGCAACACAGAAGGUCUACCGGGAUGCAUUCAUUUCGGUGUUGUCGUGUCGAGUAGCGAAAAACGGAUGUCGGGCUAUUGAAUUUGGAAAUGCCGAACGGACGGAUAGAAUCCGAAUUGAUGUCGCUUAAUUUAAAUCGUACAAAAACUCAUUUUGUUUAAAUACCUAAAGUUGCAAUCAGCUUGAAAAGACAAACAUGU